AUGUCGGACAGCGACGACGGCGGCUACUCGAGCCAGUCCGACACGGACAAUCCGCAGACCCUCAACCCGCUCGACCUCGCAACCUCUGCCUCGGCGUCGUCCUCGACUCAGAACCAGGCGGGCCAGCCGACCAAGGCCAAGGGCAAGGGCAGGGGCGGACAGGGCGGAGCUGGAGGCAAGGCAGACGACAAGGAAGUCAGGAAACGCUCGAGCAAGGCUUGCGACAACUGCCGCAAAUCCAAAUGCAAAUGCACGCGCAUCCUCGACCCAGCAACGAACGAGCCUGUCGGGCCGUGCCAGAAUUGUUUGACGGUCGGAGCCGAGUGUACGUUUUUGGGUGCUAGUAGGAAGAGGGGUCCGCCGAAAGGGUACAUCGAAGCGAUCGAGUCGCGCCUGUACAGGAUGGAAGCGCUCCUCGGCGGCUUGUUGGGCAGCGACGACCCUCGUGCGCAGACUCUGCUCGGCGAGCUGAUCGGUGACAACGAAGCGCGCACUAUCCUCGCGCGCGACCUCAAAGCCGCCGCCUCCGCACCAGACUCGAAAGCCCCGCGUCGCUCGUGGAAGCGCGAGUUUGCCGACUCUCAGGCUGCAGCGGCGGCAGCAGCAGCAGCGAUGGGCGGACCCGGCGCGUCAGGAAGCGGCAUGGACGGCCAGCCGCUCAUUUCGACGGGCUUCCCGCUCCAGCCUGGUCAACCGGCUUUUACGGCGUCUCCUGGAACGCUCGGGAUGGGUGGUGGCGCGGGAGGAAUGGGGAUGAGCAACUGGCUCAGCGAGGAAGAUCUCAACAACCUCGGCGCUGCGGCGGGCGGAGGGACGGAUCUCUUUGGGUCGAGUGGAGGCGGCAACAACGCGUUGGGCUUUGACCCGACUGCGUUUGGUGGUGGGAGCGGCGGCGCGACGUUUGGGUCGUACCGGGGUCCGGGAGGCGAGUCCUCGGAAGACGGCGCCUCGCCUGGGUUCUCCGCCCUCGCAGGCGGGACGGGCCUCUCGAUCCCCGUUGCUGGCUCACCGAUGUCGACCUCCCUCCCGACCGGCACCACAACAGGCGACCUCUCGACCUCCCCUCGCCAACGCCGGCGCAUCGAAGGACCUCCCAACUUUGCCGGUUCCCCGUCCUCCCCCUAUCCAUCCGGCCCCUCGUCCGCGCCUUCAGAGCGCAAACAAAUGGCCUACGCAUUCACCCUCCCCCCAGUCGGUGCUGCGCCGCCGAAACACUCGCAGAGCUCGGCAAUGACGCAGGGGAACGUCCUUUCCGCCGCUUCAAUCGGGCAUACGGGCACGAGCACGUAUUCGAUCUCGAAUGUGACGGGGGCGCAGGGAGGUGCGGGACCGAGCGGGCAGGGGAAGGAACUGGGCGGGAGGGCGGGAGCGCAGGGAGAGGGCAACGUCCAUCAGAGUCCGGCGGAACCGUUGACGGAGUUGGCGGACGUGAUUGGGCAGUUGAGUCUGAACGAGAAUGCAGAGGUCAGGUAUCACGGACGCUCCUCCGGCCUCUACCUCAUCUCAAAGAGCCAGCGCUUCCGCGACUUCUACUGGCAAUUCCCGAGCGCCGGUGUCUGGCCGCCCGCCGACGGCCGCGUCCUCAAGACCGAGCGCGAGAUCCUCCAACUCACCGACACCGAAGACCCCCUUCCCGACAUGCAAACUCAGACGCACCUCCUCGCCGCGUACUGGACCUACGUCCACCCGCACUUCCCGCUCCUGUACAAGGUCUCGUUCAUGAGGCAGUACCGUCACUCGCUCGCCCACCCGGACUCGACGGAGCCGAGCACGGCGGCGGGGACGGGUAAAGUGCCGAUGGUGUUGCUGUUGAGCAUGUUUGCGCUCGCGGCGAGGUAUUGCGAUCUUGAGGAGGCGAGGAAGGAUGGGAAGUACUGGACUGCUGGGCAGGAGUACCUCGAGAAGGCCCGCCGCAUCCUCAACUACGACUACGGCUCGUCGCGCCUCGUCACGGUCCAAGCGCUCCUCCUCAUCAGCUACCGCGAGAUCGGAGUCGGCGCCAUGUCGAGCGCGUGGAUGACCUGCGGAAUGGCGAUUCGAAUGGCGCAGGAUCUCGGCUUGUUCCGCGAUGUCGAGAAGUGGUUCCUCCCGAUCCAGCGCUUCUCGCACGAGGAGAAGCAGACGAGGAAGCGGAUCUGGUGGGCGUGCGUCAUUCUCGACCGCUACACCAGCUCGUACAUCGGUCGACCCGGCACAAUCCACGAGCGCGACUACGACUGCGGCUUCCCCUCGGAGGACGAGCCAGACGAGCACGAGCAGUGGCGCCCGAUCCGCGUCGACGGGACCGAGUGGACAUCGCCGCCCAGGUCCGGCUCCGAGGAAGUCCCAGACGAAGUCGCCAAGUUUCUAAAGUCGUACCCGCCGACGAGGGCGCACACGCUUAGCUGCUUCAACGCUGCUGGAGCGCUUGCCGUCAUCAUCAAUCGGAUCAUCAUCAACAUCUACGCGAUCCGUAUCCGCGUCCUCGGUCAGAGUUCCGAAACGCUCCUCAGCUUGCUCGACCAGAGUCUCGCGUCUUGGUACCUCGCCUUGCCGCCGCACUUGCAGUACAACCCGGCGAGCAAGAAGGUCCCGCCGCCUCACAUCCUCUCGCUCCACCUCCAGUUCUACUCGUCGCUCAUCCUCCUUCACCGCCCCUUCAUUCCCGGCCAGAACAGCACGCAGUCGCCGGGCAACUUCCCUUCGCACAGCAUCUGCACGACGUCCGCACAUGCUAUCGCGAACAUCGUCACGACCUGGCGCAAGACAUUCACGCUGCGCCAGUGCCCGCCGUUCCUCACCUACCCGAUCUUCAGCGCCGCCAUCAUUUGCGUCUACAACGCUUCGUUCGACGAGGCGCUUGCUGGACCGGCCAAGAUUCACCUUCUGCAGUGCAUGAACGCACUCAAGGAGAUGGAGCUCAUCUGGGGAUCCGCGAUCCGUCAAUGGGAGCUCCUGCACGGCCUCGUCGACCUCCGCGACGCCGAGCUCGGCGCCGAGCUUGCAGGCCUCAACUCGCAGGGCGGCGACACCUCUCGCGGUACGAAGAGGCCGACGAUGGACGUCGACGAGCCUUUGACGUCUGCGCCAAGCAGCGCCGCUUUCAACGACCUCCGCCCGACCAACUUCCACAACCGCCCGAUGGGCGGCAGGUCGGGCUCGAAGCCGUCUGCAACGAGGCGGCACAGCUCGUCUGGCUCGCGCGCGAGGCCGCCUGCUCCGUCGUCCGGCGCUGGCGGACCUCGAGUCGGCGUCACCUCCCCCUCGAUCCCGGAGAACCAGCCUCUCUUCCCCGCUCCCGCCGCCCUGCAGUCCCCGCCGCUCGGCAACUUCGCCGUCCCGAUGCCGCCCUCGCUCGGCGGUAACGCCUCGACGUUCCCGAACAUGCAGCAGCAACACUCCCAGCUUCCGCCUUUCGCGCAGCAGGCGCCGCCGAUGGCGAUGGGAGCGGAAGGGAUGGCGCAGACGAUGGAUAUCCUCAAUCCGCAGAUCGAUUUGAGCCAGUUCAGGUCGCGGCCCGGGUCGAGCAGCGGUCCGACCAACUUCUCCGACUUGCUCAACUCGUUCCUCACGCCGACGGAAGCGGCCUCGACCUCGGGCGUGAACCCCUUUGCCUUCAUCCAGUGCAGCCAGAACGCACAGCCCAGUCCCGGUAUGCCCAUCAACAUGACCUCGCCGGGCGGACAGUCGGGUCCGUCGGCACUCGAUCCAACGAUGGCGUUCUUUGGCAUGCCGCUUGGCGCGAAUCUCGGCGAUGAUUGGUUCAACUACUCGUACAACGCAUUCGCUUCGACGUCUGACCAAGGCGGCACGCCCGAGUCGCAAGGAGCGGCCGGAGCGACGCCUGGCUCCUCGUCGAGCGUCCCUGGUUCUGCACCUGCGCCAGCCCCUCCUCAGCGUACAGGCAGCGUUCCGACACUCUCGCAGCCCGUCCCGCCGCUGCCUCAGCACCCGCAGCAGCAGCAGCAGUCGCCCAACCGGCCGACCUCGUAG